GGUAUGAAGGAGACACAGGUGCGUCUGCCCUUUUUCUAGCCUUUCUGAUCCUCGUCCGUUCCAACUCCCAACUCACAACUCUGGUGCUCUGCUCACUCACUCUCUUUCUUUCUUCUUUUACUCCUUCUUUCAUAGAGUUGUAUAAUUGAAUGGAAAAUAUGAAUAUGGCCUUAGUUUCUUCUUCUUCUUCUUCUUCUCCUCCUCUCAAGUUAUUUCUGUUAGGAUGCAAUCAUCCUAAUUACACUCUCAAAAACCCUGCCAAAACCCUCCCUUUUCCAUCUUCCAAGCUUGCCCCUCGUCGUUCCAGAAUUUCCAUUUUCGCCCACUCUCACUCUCAGCCUGCUCCUCCCCGAAGUCUCCCCCAUAUUGUUUUGAGAAAGCUUGGAGAUGAGAGGUUUGCAAGCAUUUCUUCUUCAAGUAGUCAGCAAACUUCUUCAGUUGGAGUCAACCCAAAUCCAACAGCGCCACCGCCCUCGUCUCAGAUAGGGUCACCGCUCUUCUGGAUUGGAGUGGGCGUUGGGCUCUCAGCGCUUUUUACAUGGGUAGCUUCAAGCUUAAAGAAAUAUGCAAUGCAACAAGCUUUCAAAACCAUGAUGGGCCAGAUGAAUACACAAAAUAACCAAUUCUCCAAUGUCGCUUUUCCUUCGGGGUCCCCAUUUCCAUUUCCAGCACCUCCAUCACCAGGACCUGUCACAUCCCCUUCUCCAUCUUCUCAACCUGCAGUUACAGUUGAUGUACCUGCAACAAAAGUUGAAGCAGCCCCGGCUGCUACUCCAGCAACUGAAGUGAAAAGUGAAGCAGAAACAGCAGAGCCAAAGAAAUAUGCUUUUGUGGAUGUUUCUCCAGAAGAAACUGUGCAAAAGAGUGCUUUUGAAGAUGCAGCUGAGAUAAGUUCAUCAAACAAUACUCAGUUUCCCAAGGAUGUUUCUGAUAAUGGAGCUGCAUCCAAGCAGGAUGCUGGUGCUUUUGGGGGUUCCCAGUCAACUGGAACAGCAGAUCCUGCCUUAUCUGUGGAUGCUUUAGAGAAGAUGAUGGAAGAUCCAACAGUGCAGAAGAUGGUUUAUCCAUAUUUGCCUGAGGAAAUGAGGAACCCUGAGACAUUUAAAUGGAUGCUACAAAAUCCUCAAUAUCGUCAACAACUGCAAGACAUGCUAAAUAAUAUGGGUGGAAGUACUGAAUGGGACAAUAGGAUGAUGGACUCCUUGAAAAACUUUGAUCUCAACAGUGCUGAGGUCAAGCAGCAAUUUGAUCAGAUCGGUCUUACACCUGAAGAAGUAAUCUCAAAAAUAAUGGCCAACCCUGAAGUUGCUAUGGCAUUCCAAAACCCUAGAGUUCAAGCAGCUAUAAUGGAUUGUUCACAGAACCCACUGAGUAUUGCAAAAUAUCAAAAUGACAAGGAGGUUAUGGAUGUAUUCAACAAAAUAUCAGAACUCUUCCCUGGAGUAACAGGGUCGCCUUGAUUUUGGUAGUUCAUUUCAAGUCGCUGCUUUUGGGAGCAUAAUGUACCCAUUUUAUGUCAGAUGGUUGAGGUGAUCGGAUCUGGAGUAUACGAAUCCAAGACCGAGGAUUACAUCCUACAUUACUGGUGGCAGCUGGUUCUCAGUUUCACAGUUUUGCUUUUAGUAGGAGAACGAGCAUUAGCAUUGAGUUGUGCCUAAUAUUCACCCUGUCCUGUACUCUAGGUUUAGUUGACUGUAGUUGAAUGCUUACUUUAUCAACUGGGUUUAUACCGAAAAUAACUGUACAUGCUGUCUCCUUUGUAAGAAGUUAGUGUUUCCCGUUU